AUGCUUUGCAAAGUCUGCAAAUCGAUUGACUUCGGAGACUUAUGUUAUCGGUGGUUGCAGUACGCCUCUGCUCCGUUGACAGCAAAGCCGGAAUUUCAACAUCAUACCAAUUACAAAAAACUUAUAGAGUCAGCGCAAGAGGACUGUGAAUUGUGCAUCGAGGUAAAAGAGGGUGCACGCAGAGUAUCCACCGAUGCCGCAAGAUCCAGAAAGCGUAACUUGACGAUAAGUUGCGGACCAGGGUAUUACUCUAAGCCGAUAAGUCAAACAAAAGAUGUGUUCACUAAGGGAAUUGCUGAAAUUUGGUUUGAGUGGACGUAUUAUAAGAACGAGGGCUCUGCCGGACAUGUAUUUUGUUCUGUCUGGGCGGCCUAUCCCUACAACCCGUUUUCGUCGGAAUCUUUUGAAACGGCACGAACAUGGCUUCGGGAUUGUCAUCGCAACCACAAAAAUUCAUGUCCGAGCAAACGGGCUGCUUUAUUACCUUCUCGCGUCAUUGACGUUGGAUCUGGCAAUUAUUUGGGCACACCACACUUACAUAUUAGUGAAGAUGGCGAGAUGGGCAACUGGGCUACCUUAAGCCAUUGCUGGGGUCAGGUUGGUGGCUAUGUAACUAAUGUCGCAAAUUUAGAUCGCAGAAUACGUUCUAUAUCUAUGCAAGAGCUUCCGCCCACACUGAAAGAUGCCAUUAAAGUCACGAGGUGUAUGGGAUUAAAGUAUCUAUGGAUUGAUUCGAUUUGCAUUCUCCAAGGUUCCGAUGUUGCUGCCCAGGCAGAUUGGCUAUCCGAGUCAAGUCGCAUGCGAGAUUACUACAAACAUUGUGAUUUUUGUAUUGCUGCCGAUGACGCAUCUUCUGACAAAAUUGGAUUUCUGCGCAUUUUACGUACACAAAGGGCAAAGGUCUCUAUUUCCAUGCCGUUAGCUCACUGGCGACGCGCAGGGUCUUGUACAAUCUAUCUUCAAGCAGAUCUCCAUCCCCGGUCUGCAUAUCCCGGUCGGCGUCGACCCAUUCUCGCUACUAGAGGAUGGACGCUUCAAGAACACGUUCUCUCUCCACGCGCUCUACACUACAAUCAUGAACAACUUGUCUGGAAUUGCCAGUUUCAGAAACUCUCAGAAUCGAAUGUGAAUCCGGAAAUAUUGUCGUCAAGCGAUAGACCGUGGCAUGGUAUGGACGCCAAAAGAUUUUUCUUGACUCCAAUUCAUGGGGAAGAGUAUAUAUAUGACAAUUUUGGUCCCCCCUAUGCUCGGUUACUCAACAUACAGCAGCGGUGGUACAGUUUAGUCAAUGACUAUGCGGCUCGUGCUCUUACUUUUGAGACUGAUAGACUUUUUGCGUUGGCUGGAUUAGUACAAGAAAUUGAAGCACAGUCCGGAUUUACUUAUUGGGUAGGUAUAUGGGCCGAAGACGCCCAUGCUGGCCUUCUCUGGAGAAUCACUGGGCGAGUAAACAUCCCAGCAGCAUAUAUUGCACCUUCAUGGAGCUGGGCCAGCCUCGACAUCAGCCACUACAAUGAUUCUUAUGACCAUGGCUUUUAUCCAGUCGGCGGUUGGAAACUCGAUAGCUCAAAAUUUAAAGCCAAUAUAUCCAGCUGUGAGAUCAUAACUGUUAAUGGAAUUCCCAACGGACACCUUCUAACUGCGAAGCUCACACUUCAUACCCAUUGUCUUCAUUUAAGUCAGUGGGGAUUGUUAAAUGAUGUGGCUAUAGCGACCCCAGCCACUGUGUUACCAUCAAUCGCUAGGAGAAGGGAAAUUCUGCUAAAGUUUGAUGUAGAACCGUUGGAUAUCAUAUACUGGCCUUCACAACCAUUACUCUCACCACCACCACAAGUCAGUGCUUUGCAGCCAAAGGCAAAAGGUGUUCUUCGCUGGGUAUCUCCUUGUAUCCAUUUCUUCUAUAGUCUUGUGGAAAAAUGGAAAACUCACGCUGUACCGUUCUCCCAAAAACCAGCUCAAGGUUCAUCACCGAAUAUAGCAUUCGCGAAUUGUCAUCUUGUGACACGCGAUUUAAAGCAUGUAGUACAGAGGCUCUCUACCAUACAGCGCAAUUCCAACAAUCUCAUCAUAGUACGGAUUGCAAGUAUCAGCGAUUCUACAGUCAGAUCUUGCGGACGGAUGCGCCGAGAUAAAUGUCAUUAUGGCAGUACAAUGUGUCUCCUUGUCGAACCCGGUACAGAAGAAGGCACUUUUAGGAGAGUAGGUUUGGCACAAAUUUCAAACGUCGAAUAUGGCGAUUCAUUGCCAUGGAAGAUGCGCACUAUCGUACUAGUUUGA